AUGAUAUCCGGCAACUCCAUCACCAAUGGCACCGGCGCCAGCACAACAACGCAAAGCACCACCAAUGGCGCUGCUGCCCGCGCUUCACAAGAAGACACACCCAUGAACCUCAACGCCACAGCCUGGGACCAAAUCAUGGCCAAGUACUGGACCUCCACCAACGCCCACCGCGAACGCGAAGAUACCGAGCUGCGCGAGGCCUUUGACCGAGAGAAUUCCGAACUAGCUGACCGCCAGUUACGGCUCAGCCAGGAGCGGGUCAAGCUGCUGGAACAGCUCCAGGCCGUUGAUCAGCAAUGGAAGGAGAUCGAGGCGCAAAGGAAGGCCAAGGAGGAGGAUAUGAAGAGGAGGCUUGAGGCGAUCAGGGAGGAGAGGGAAAAAGAUGAUGAGUUGAAGAGGAGGUACUUUGAGGAGAGCAGGAGGAAUGCGGCAUCGGGGGAGCAAACGCAGGACCCGGCAACUUUGGCAAUGUUGGCAAAGAAGGCCCAGGGCGUGGUUGCUAUGGUCGGGGGCGAAAUUCGAAAUGGGAAUGGCUCACCUUCGGGAUUGUCGUCGCAGCGGGAGACGUCGCUGAGAGAGGAACAGCCACGACAUGCGUUGCCUAGCCGGCCUAGGGAAAGUGGUAGGACGCCGAGCGAGGAGCAGGACCUUCAACAGCAACUACGCAAUGAACAACAGCAGCAGAAGGAGAGGGCCGAAAACGGGCUGGAUGGAAGGGCCGUGGACCUCGACAAACUCCCCAAGGUUUACAAUGGCGCGGGAGUGUGUGUCGGCCAUGUGCGGCCCAUCAACCUGAGGAACCAUUUGACCAUGCAUAUCCAGCAACAGCCGAUCAAGCGCCACGUUCAGAUCCGCCAGGGACGAAACUUUACCACCGAGACGUUGGAAACCAUCUACGAGCCGAGCGACAAGAAGGGCGCCAAGUGGUUGAGCUGUUGGAUCCAAGCUACGGGCGACGUUCAGGAAACCCCCUGCGCGUCGUGCCAAACUCGCCAAGGUGUUUUCCCGCAGUGUAUCAUCCUGGAUGCUGAGGGGUUCCCUAGGUGCGGCAACUGCGAGUGGAAUCGUCAGGGAUGCAGUGGUGCCUCUAAGCAUGCAGAUCAUGAGAUGGCUGAAGUCAAUCAACAGGCCACGAACGGGGAGGUGGCUCGGGCCCAGGAAGCUCCCGUUGUUACCAGUGGCUUCAAGGCUGUGAACGGCGCAUCGGCGAGUCAGAAGACAGUCAAGGUGGCCAGCACCGUACCCAACGGAGACGAGCAGCCAGCACGAUCCAAACUGCCCUCGGGGCGCAAGUCACUUCCGAGCACGCGCAAGUCUAGUGUACAGCCCGACUCGAUUGCUCCUACACCCCUCGAAGGCAGCCCGGCACCCGACAGCGAUCACAAUGAGGACCUCCCGCCCAUCAACCAAGCAGUGCUCGCUCUCCGCGAUGACGGAACCGUUUUUACGGAUCCUCCUUGCAUGCGCGGUGUUCCCCUCGCCAGGAUCGGCCCCGACCAUCCUUACUGGGAUCCCGAAUGGGUCGCGCUCGAAGAGCCGGUCCAAGCCCAACUGACGAAGUGGUCAGAAAAGUUUGAGAAGCUGAAAAGCGAGGGCGGCGCGGCGUCGACAAAAUAUCUGGCUGGCCGUCAACAGAAUCGUGGCAAGCUGGUUUUGGAAUUUCUGGCGAAUGGGGAGUUCCACCCCUAUCAACUCAUGGCAAAGCACCUCAUCAACAAAACAUACACGGGCUAUGAUAACUUGUAUCGUAUGGUACAGGUGCUACAUGAACUUGCUAGGUUUAAACAGCUGGACGUUACGCCUUCGCAAUGGCUUAGGCACAGACUGCACGAAAUGCACGAGGAGCAGGGUGAUAAGUUCAACCUUGGCAAGGCGGUGGAAAACCUCUACUCGGAUCCCAAACUUCGACAACUCCGCAGCGAGAGCGGAUUUGGAAAUAUUGGCCGGCCGAGGGGUUACAAGCCUUCCGUGGCCGAUAAGGGAGAGGACGGAUCAGCUCCCAAGAAGACAACCAAGAAGAGAAAGGCUGCUGCUCCUGCGGCAGAUGACCCUGCCAACCAGUCUCUCAUGGAAGAGCAACUCCGCGUCACAGAACCCCCUCAAGCCGACGGAGCUACUGCCCCAUCAAAACCCCCAUCCCCCCAUUCCUCGCCUCCGUCUGCCCCAGAAGACAUCGGUCACGCCCACGCGCAUCCCCAUCCUCCCGUCGCCAAACACCACCAACCUUCCCCUUCCGUGACCCUCAAGAUGCUCGCUCCAGAGGAAGAUCUCUACUACGAAGGCUACACCUCGGACGACUCCUUCUCAGGCGACAAGAUCCAAGAAGUCGACUGGCGCUUGCUACAGGUCCGUCACCGGGAAAUGACCACCAACACAGGCAUAACGCAAUACUGGCACUGGCUGGGCACGGGCGAGGACCUGACAGGUCGCGGAGAGGAGAACUGCUUCGAACAUCAGGUGCUCAAAGACGUCAAGGGCCGUCGUGUGACUUGGGGCGUGUACAAGGAGCCGAUCGAUUUCCAUUUGAGACUGGAGGAGAUCGAGGAGGUGGUGUAUGCGCCUGAGGGAAGCGGGUGUUUGAAGAUUUUGAUUAGCGUCAAGAAGGAGGCUGGGUAUGAGGAUGAGUCGAGAGGGGAUGUCUUGGCCUGGUUUAAGAGGGAGAGGACCAAGAGGCGGUUUUUGACCUUUUUGAGGAAGAAGGGGAAGAGGGUUGUCCGGAGUACUGCGGCGUACGUCGAACAAGCCUGGGACGAUAUGGACUCUGUCGUCUUGCCGCAUGAGGAUGAAUAG